AUGGAGACAGAAAGUGAAAGAUCAAUAUCAGAAAGUAAUGAUUAUUUAGGUGAGGUUUCUCAAUAUUUAUCUGAUUUCACAUCUGAAUCUCUUAAACUUAUUAAAUCAAGCCAGGUAAAAGACGCUUAUAAAGUACUUAAAAGCUGUGAAGAACUGUUAGAAGCUGUAGCAUCUCAAGGUGGCUGCAUUGACCCAGACAUGAUUUUAUUGACUCUCCAUAACUGUGCUUACUGCUGCCAAAAGCUGCAAAAUUAUGAAGAAUGCGCGUCAUACUUAGACGGCUGCGCUUAUAAUGCAAGUGUUAGGAAUAUUUUAGCAUCAAAAGAUGAAUCUCAGAGUGAGCCGUCUCACUAUACAGAAAAAAUUAGAAAAGAGAGAUAUCAGUGCAAGCUUCAAACACAGAUAUGUGCGAUAAUGUCACAUGUGAAUAAGCAUGAUUUAGCAUUAAAUCAUGCAAAAGAAGCAUUGAAAUUUGGUAUAUUAUAGAAAUAUAUAUAUGAAUUUCUAAAUAUUUUUUAAAUAAAUAGCUAAUUAAACGACAAGAAUAUAUCUCUUUUAUGCAGAAUUGCUCUAAAGCUUGCCAAUAUUAUACAGUUAAAAACACAAAAUUACCUAAUUAUAUAAGGCAGAAAAGAAAUAAUGAUCAAUCUUCUGGCAAAACUAUUCAACAGCAGCAUGAUGCCUAUCUUGGAGACUUGGUGAAAAAGAACUCACAUAUUUUUGAAUUUUUACUCCAAAAAAUUAAUGGAAAAUCAAAUAGCAGAGCAACCUCUGCUAAAGUUCCGAAACUUGAUUUAAGAUCAAUCCUUGGUGUCCAGCAUUACAAUGACUGGAUUUAUAAAUACGAAAUUAGUGAUGUCCUUACAAUAGACCCAAUUACUCCAACAGACGUUAAAACUCCAUUAGGCUUAAUCGGCGAGCUAAACCGAGAUCUGAUGCUUGAGAAGAUCUGCCUAAUCGCAGUUGUUUGCUACUGCAUGGCAACUGAGCUGCGGUUUUUAUAUCAGACUGAUAAAUCUGAACUAAAAAGAACUGAAAGCAAUGUAUGAUAUUUUAAAGCUUAUGAAAUAAUAAAGGACUUAAUACCUUCAGAGUCUCCUCUGUAUCAGCAUAUAAAGCAGAGCUAUCAGUUCUACAUGAAUAAAGAACAAAAAUUACAAAAUAAAACUCAAGACAGUUCUUUUACAUCAAGAGGAAAAUCUCCAUUAAAAGAUAAAAGCAUUGAACAAAUAUACUCAAGGUCUUCUUCAGCAUCUAAGUAUAAAAAAAAGAUACCAAUUACAAAAAGAGACAUCACGCCUGCAAGAACGAAAACUCCUAUAUUUGCCAGAUUAGACUCAAAAAAUGAACAAAUAGGCAAAGGAUAUAAACAAGCGGAUUUUGGAUACGAAUUCCAGACUGAUAGGAACCAAAAACCGAAAGCAAAGCUCAGCCAAGGGGAGCAUUCAAAAAGUGAUAACUCAAUCAAGUAUAAGAAAAAAGUAAACAAAAAACAUUUGAAUCUUGAAGAUUUCGUUACUGGAGAACUUAUAAACAAAAAAAAUUCUGACGAAUCUUAUGAUUCAGAUUAUAUCAGAGAUAACUUUGUAUUAUCUUCUCAAGAAUUAUAUGGUGAAAAUCCUGAUGACUCCGCAAACAAUGCUAGAAAUUUAAAAAAAUUCGAGUCGAUAAAGAGCAAUUUACAAAAGAAACAUAUUUCGCCUUUAUACCAAAUUUUUAACGAAGACCUCAAAAAGGAAAGCCCGAAUAACGCAGUUUCAAAUAAACAGUAG